ACCAACCCUUUGUUUCCUUUCCUCUGCCCACCUCCCACUGCUCCAACAGCAAUCCGACCCAGCACGCUGCCAAUGCAUGCUGCACUGCUCGGACUCCUUAAUAUUCCCCCUUCAUCGCAAUGACCUCCAAGAGGGCUUCUGUCCCCAUCCCCAAGCCACCUGUCCCUUACAAACCCAACGCCUGCUUCGAUAUCAGACCGCACGAGCCCCCGCCACCCUUCGGCGGCAACUCGUACCUCGAGCCAAAUCCUGCCAAGUGGGUUGCACACCCUUGGCCUAAUUUCGACGACGCACCCGACACUGUUGUCGAGCAGGCCCUCCAGCACCCACCCUGGAAGACAGAACUUCCUUCUGACCAGGCUAUACGCCGCCUCAAGGUUACACAGGAGAUCCGUUGUGGUGAUCCAUGCAAUGCACAAGUCGUGAGGUGCGAUGUUGACGGAAACGACUUCGUUGCCAAGAUCUAUGACCCUUUUCAUAUUGAGCUUGAGAAGUGUAUUGAUUUGGAGCUUUCACCUACCUACUUUGCCGAAUUCUUCUACUCCUGUGAGGCGGCCGCCUAUAAGAGGAUUAGCGAGAAAGGCUUGGACGGAAAAUAUACACCCAGCUUCAAGGGCUGCUGGUAUCUAAAACGACCUAUCUACGAUGCCGAGGGCCACCUUAUGACCUACCGUGAGGUCCGCCUUAUCCUGCAGCAGUUCAUCCCUGGUGAUACUAUGCAGAACAUAAUUGAACGCAAGGAGGUUGAUAAUAUCGACCCUGAAGUUCGGAUGGAUUUACUGGACCGCGUCAUGGAGGCCCAGAGCCAGCUUGCGUUCAUCGGGGUACAAACAGACGACAUGCAUCCUAGAAACUUGAUGGUAUGGAAGGAUGCGAACAAUUCGAAUAAUUGGCAAAUUACUCUGAUUGAUUUCAGCCACUCUCGCGUUCGAGACCUACCCACCUCUACGUGGCGGAUACACAGACUUUUAGACACACGGCUACCUCAAUCACCGAUCUCCUGUUCGGGGCGGUGUUGGCCGCCCAGAUGUGGUGGCUGGAUUCCAAAAGAAUUCCGAUGCGACACGAAGCAAAGCUUUGACAAAAGACUUCAGCGGAUGAGGGACCGUUGGGAAGGCUCGGACCAAUAUGAGCCCGUCAAUGAAGAGUGGAUGCCUAAGUAUAGCCAUAGGGGCUAGG